AUGGGUACUAUUGUGCAAACUGUGAAUGACCUCUUCAGCAUAAUAAUGGGUGAAGGGAUGCGCAGGAGCGCGUGCAGCAGAGGGGCGACCGAUAAACUGUACGGCGCCUUGAAUCCCCCCAUUUUGAAGAGAGUAAACAGAGAUGAGGGAGGGAGUAGUACGAUUCACGACUCGGAGCCAGUUGGUCGCGUCACAGUUCAGAACGUAACUAUGGUGGAUGUUGGUGGUAAUGAAUGUGAUAACACCGUAACUGGGAGGAACCAAUUUGUUUAUUUAGUUUUUGUGCAUUUAUUACUUAUUGGACUGAAUGGAACAAAUGCACAAAAUCGAGCGCCACGAAUCAAAGAACAUCCAUCGAAUACGGUAUCUGGCAGAAGUGAACCCGCCACAUUGAGAUGUGUGGUGGAAGGUCGACCCAAACCGACAGUUCAAUGGUUUAAGGAUGGGCUACCAUUACCACCAGCGGAAGAUGGACAUAGAGUUCUUCUGGAAGAUGGAUUACUCUUUUUAAGGGUAAACCGGGGGAAAAAAGAAAGUGAUGAGGGGGUUUACUGGUGUGUGGCUCGUAAUAUAGCAGGGGAGGCUGCAAGUCAGAAUGCUUCAUUAAAUGUGGCAGUUCUACGCGAUGACUUUAGAGUUGAACCAAGAGACGUUCAGGUAGCCGCAGGAGAACCUGCUUUGUUAGAGUGUAUUCCACCACGUGGCGUUCCAGAACCGUCAGUUCAUUGGCUGAAGGAUGGGCAGUUAUAUGACAUUGAGGUCAAUGGAAGAGUAAAAAUAACAGAAACGGGAAGUUUAAAAAUUCUUGAAACGUUACCAAACGACAGUGGUCUAUUUAGAUGUGUGGCUUCCAAUAUAGCAGGGGAUAGACAAUCGAGGGCAGCGGCACUUAUUGUUCUCAGACGACCGCAUUUUGUGGUGAAACCCAGUAACGUUACAGCUUUAGUUGGACAAAACGUUGAAUUCAAUUGUCAGGCUUACGAUAAUAGCGUAAAGGUGACCUGGGUUAAGGAAGAUGGUGUAUUGCCAUCGCACGCAACUAUAAUCCGAGGCCUGCUUCGCCUGGAGCAGGUAUCAGCAAGCGACGCGGGUGUUUACUCCUGUCGGGCAGAAAGUCACACAGGGUCGAGUGUCACUACUGCUUCUUUAACUGUUUACUCCUUACCGCACUUCACACAGAUACCGUCCAAUUUGACCGCAUGGGAGGGAGAUGUCGUGUCCAUUCCAUGUGAAGCAAAAGGAUUGCCAACACCUACAACAUUCUGGAUUUUAGAAGGAAUUGAGGAUUCUCUUUUAUUUCCGGAAUGCACUAAAAGUAAUUCUAGUUUAUUGUAUCUGGACGGAGCGAAAGUAGAACACAGUGGAAGGGUUAUCUGUGUUGCCUUAAACGCGGCUGGGAGUGUUAUGCAAGAAGCUUAUCUAAAUGUGUUAAAGAAAACCAAUAGUCCAUCGAAAGUACAUUCUACUGAUAAAAAGUUUGGUCAUAAUCGUGAUCACGAUGGCCGUAUGACGGAGUACGAAUUUAUUCAAGCGAGGAAAUAUUUACAGCAAAAUGUUUUAGUCUUGAAGAGAGUAGAAACUUUGUCUUCGACGUCUGUUAAAGUUGUCUGGGACGUCGUGACUGAUUAUAAUGAGUAUUUAGAGGGUGUUAAAAUAUGGUAUAACGGUACUUCAUUGAAUUGGCGGAAUAGAACCGAAGAACCUGUUUUAUUGAUUCCUUAUCACAGGGAUGGUUGUUCUAAUGGUUCCCUGAUAGAUGUAGAUAAUAGUGGUUCGUCAAGUUAUGUUCUAUCAGGCUUAUUGCCAUACACACAAUACGAUAUUUUUCUAAUGCCAUAUUACAAAAUGUUGCUUGGAAAGCCCUCAAAUUCAAUGACUGGUUAUACUGAUGAGGAUGUGCCAUCAGCCCCACCCCUAAGUGUAACAGCGGGUGUAAUUAACGCAACUUCUGCUUGGAUUCGAUGGGAACCACCGCCUGUGCACACUUGGAAUGGAGAACUGACGGGUUAUUUAAUUGAGAUCCGGUCUGGUGGUACGGGUGGUCGCGUCGUGGGUCAGAUGUCUCUAGGGCCUCGAACACGCGCGGCCGCCGCAAGUUCAUUGAGAGCUGGACAGUACAGCGCCCGUGCUGCUGCCACUACACGCAAAGGACACGGUGCUUACAGUACGCCUGUCAUAAUAGACAUGAUGUACAUGCACUCCCAGAGACAUUAUGUCCAAACUGAGCCGCCGAAUGACGCUACUAUUCCACAUUUGCUCCAGGAAACUUGGUUGCUUGCAUUAGCAUUAACAUUAUUCUCCGUCAUCGUAAUUGGCAUAGUUAGUAUUUAUUACAUAAAACGUCGGAAUAAUAUCCAAAGAAAGAAAUCAAAUGGUCAAUCUAUAGUGACAGCACAACAAUGUCUGCUGAAUAAAGACACGAUAUGGCUGAGAGAUAGACCGAUAUUUGCACCUCCAGAUUCUACUUUAGAUGUAGGUAGUUGUCAUCAAAGUUUAUUGCAAGGUGGUCAAUCCCCUAAUAUUUUAAAUAUUGAGCCAGAAUAUUGCCUGCCACAGAAUUCAAUUCAAGGUUUAGAUGCUUCGAGUGUUGAUAGAAUAAAACGCGGGCCACCUGAGCCGUAUGCAUCCAGCGCUAUUUACACUGAACUCAAUUUCAAGGACAACACAGACAUCGGAGAUGCCAGAAGUUGUACCGAAAGACGUUCUCAUAACAACAGCAUUGUGCGGUCUUGCAAUGGCAGCAUCCAAUAUUCUAAUGGAGAAUGUUCGACUUGUUGCCAUAGCACUUCUAGUAGAUCGACUAAGGAUUACAGGGAGUUAAGACACGAGAAUCAAAACGAGCUAGUAGUUGAAGACGAUAAUGCGUCAUAUCAUACUAAUAGAUCGGGUUCUAAGAGUCAGGACAAAGCCAAAGUUUGUCCAACAACUGAUUUAGAAUACGAUUACCCACAGUGGCACUGGUUAGGAAGAGAGAACAGUUUCAAAAUUCCCAUACAACAGCUCCGUUCGGAGCGCGCCUGUCAAAUAAAUCUGAAUGAUAUACUGCCGCCGCCGUACGAGAGUCCGGAAAAUAAAAGCCAGAUGAAAUAG